AUGCCGUCGCGUCUGCCGACUUCAUUGAAGCACCUUGUGGCUGCUCUGGCAGUUGCGAGUUUGUUCAACGCUCUCUCCACUGUGGCACAGCCCUCGGUCUUGGACGCCCGCCGCAACGAUGAGCUCGGAGGGAGGCCUGUCGUUCAUUUGGACUAUGGGUCGUAUAAGGGCGCUGCGGAGGGCAACGUCCAGAAAUUCUAUGGGAUGCAUUAUGCUGCUCCUCCUAUUCGCUUUGCUCCACCUGAGCCUCCCCUUCCGUUUAAGGGCCUGCGGGAUGCGUCGCAGUUUGGGGCGGCAUGCCCUCAGCAGAGUAUCCUUCCCGGAUUUCCACCUGGUGGGAACGAUACGUUCGAGAACCAGUCUGAGGAUUGUCAGUUGUCUUCGUUCUCGAUUCCUCCGAAACCCGAGACUUAUGCGGUCCUCACAUCAGGCCUGUUCAUCAACGUGAUCAAGCCGGCUCAUAUUCCGAAGGGAAAGAAACUUCCGGUCCUCUUCUGGAUCUAUGGAGGCGGAUUCAUGCUGGGCGAUACUAGCAGCUACAAUGGUGUACCAUUGGUGGAGCGCUCGUUGGUGCUUGAUCAACCAGUCAUCUACGUUUCAAUCAACCAUAGACUCUCAGCGUACGGGUUCCUCGGUGGAAAGGAAGCGAAGGAUGCUGGUCUGGGAAACAUUGGCAUUCGAGACCAGGUCGCUGCGUUGGAGUGGGUGCAGAGGUAUAUUCACAAAUUUGGAGGUGACUCUGGGAAGGUCACGAUAUGGGGAGAGAGUGCGGGUGCCGCUGCCGUCGGUAUACACUUAGUUCGGAAUGACGGUGACACCAAGGGGCUCUUCCAUGCAGCCUUUAUGCAAUCGGGCGGACCAAUCCCGUGGAACCCUAUCGAAGCUGGCCAGGAGCCGUUCGACACCCUUGCUCGGGACACCGGAUGCUUCGAGGCGUCCGACAAGAUCGCUUGUCUCAGGGACCUGCCCUACGAGAGGUUCCAUGCCGCGGUUAUGAAGGCCCCAGAUCUACUUGGCUAUGCACCAUUUAAGCUUCCGUUCGGUCCCUCAACCGAUGGGAUUGUGGUCACUAGAAACCUUUUUCAAUCUGUCGCCCUCGGCCUCUACGCAAAGGUCCCUAUCAUCAUGGGGAACUGCGACGACGAGGGGACGAUGUUUUCGUUUGGGAGUCAAAACGUCACGUAUGGAUGUCUUUUGUCAGUCAAUCUGGGCUCACCCUUUGGAACAGGCAAUGCCAAUGCUCUCACUCCCCAGUUCAAGCGCAUAGCUGCUUUCCAGACUGAUUGGCUCUUCCACUCCACUCGCCGAUUCUUCAUGUCAUAUGCCUCGAAGACCCAACCUAACUGGUACUACCUAUGGAAACGCGGAAAGGAUACGCCAUACAUCGGUGCCGCACACACACAAGAAAUACCCGAGAUCUUUGGAACGGGCGAAAAUCCCGACUAUAUUGGGACUGACGCUCUGAUCUCAUUUGCAAAUACGUUCGAUCCCAACACCUCGCACGAAGUCAGCCUCCUGAAGUACUACAAGUGGGAACAGUAUGGGACUAACUUGUCAGCACCUCCUGGGCUGACCUUUGUCGACCCUGGAAACUCGAUCAUCACGACUUACGACACGUACCGAGUGGAAGGUAUCUCGUACCUGGCGAAUGUUACGCUAGAGCUGGGUGGGGUGGUGCUUGACUGA